AUCCUAGGGCACCUUGGCUGCAAAACAGAUCCGCCCCGGCGACGUGCGUUUCCUCCAGAUCCGCCCCGGCGACGCCCGUUUCCUCCCGAUCCGCCCCUGCUCUGGCCCCAGCUAUCCACGCCACCCUCUCUUCCUCGCUCCGCGCGCGGGGUCAGCUGGGAAAACUGCUUCAUCUGAAGGAUUAUGGAGCCACAAGCAGGAGCUGACGAGUCCAUUGCGAAGAAGGACAGCAAUUGGUGGAAGAAAUUUACUGCGACGGACGCUGUUUUAAAGAAGUGGCGAUUUGAAGAAAUUAUGAGAAAGGAGUAUGAAGCUGAGAACAAGCGCUUCAUGGAUGAGUAUAUGGAUGAGAAUAAGAAAACACAAGCAGGACCUAGUCGCCAGAUUAUGGAAGCAGGACCUAGUGAUGAGAUUAUGGUGCCACAAGCACCACCUAGUUGGGACAUUAUGGAGCCACAAGCUGAAGCUAGUGAUGAGAUUACGGAACCACGAGCUGAAGCAAGUGAAACAUUUGGUGACACAGACAGCCAUGCGAAAAUUUCAGCUUCACACUUGAGACUUGGUGUUGUCUCAAUUGCUUUGUACAAUGAAAAAGUGAUGGUAUAUGCAUGCUCGGGAGCAGCUGUACGCCACUGGCAUGACAAUAUACGAGAUCACCAUAGAAUAUUUGUGACCACAGCACGUUUGGCCCACAAAUUUAAUGAGAACAGAACCAGUGAUGAUAACUUGAGGAUUGAAUUGCGUACUCAAGAUAAUGCAACUCUCCAUGGGUUUUUGGGAUUAUAUGAUGAAAAUAUUGCUAUGGUCACCUCCUUUAGCCUCAAAUGUGUCUACACUAUGGAUACCUGUAAUCAUGUGGAUUUGCCCAAAGGCACACGCAAUAGUAAGCUAUUUGCAAUUGGCUAUGCAACCAAUGGCACUUUGAUGGGGGCAAAAUGUUCUCAUCCUGUUUUCAGUGCUACAGGCCUUGUGUCAGUCAAUUGUAAGAUAACAGAGAUUGGACUUGGAGGGCCAGUUAUAUACUUUGGCCGUGGUGGAUCUGGACACAUUGCUGGGCUUAUCACUGGAUAUUGUAAAGAAAAGACCACCUUCUUACCAACAAAGAUGCUUCAUGAAUGGUUGCAGCGUCUUCUUCUGCUAACCAGUAAAACAUCCCACUUCCAUGGAUAUUCUUUGCCUGAUGGUGUAAAGACAGUCAUCCCUUCAGGAUGUGUGGUAAGAUCUAAGAUUCUUCAAUCCUUGGGCUAUCCCCUGCCACCACCACUUGUGUUUGAGCUCAAUGGUAGAUUGGCUGGUAGGUUUGAAGAGUAUUUCGGUCAAUUUCAUUAUUGGGAUGGUUAUCCUUUUGAUUUCCCUUACCGUUAUGAGGGGGAGGAGCUUAUCUGGAAGCAAUUUGGAAAAGAUGUCCUUGAGAAAAUAUCCCAAAGUGUUUUCUCAAUUGCUUCAUUCCAUAUCCACGGAAAAAGAAAGAUUAGGUAUUUUGCUUGCACAGGCCUUCUUAUAAAAGGCCCAGACUGCACGUUCGUCCUUACUUCGGCCAGUUUGGUUAGGACUGGUGAUGAUGGCCAGAUUUAUGGGAACUUGAGCAUUGAGGUAUUUCUCCCACCAGAUCACCGUGCGGAGGGGACAUUGGAAUUCUAUCAUCUAAAUUACAAUAUUGCCAUUGUCCGUCUACAAUAUGAUCUUAGUACUCCUAUUUCUCCAGUACAUAUCUUCAGUGGCAGGGAGUCUAGAAAUACUCAGGUAGUAGCUAUAGGGCGUGCCCCUAAAGGAGCUCACGGAUUAUUGAUGGCCUCAAUGGGUGAAGUGAAGGGUAAAUACAAUGCUGUUACUCAGCGCAAAAACAAGCAUUUGGCUGCUCGACAGCAGAGUUUGGAUCUUGAUUGUGAAGACCUUCUUUUGUCCACUUGUCAAAUCAAGAAGGCUGGGAUUGGAGGCCCCCUUAUUUGUUUGGAUGGUUGUUUCGUUGGCAUGAAUUUUUAUGAUGAAAGUCAAACAACUCCUUUUCUACCACGGACGGAGAUUCUAAAAGUUUUGUCCAAAGCGGCUAAUCUGAUAGGAAGAAGUUCGACCAGUGGUCUUGUUGACAGGGCCCACACUGAAGGCCCUUUUGACUUGGAAUGCUUGGAGACUUCCAAGAUGCCAAGCCGUAUGACUCGGAAUAUGACUCGGAAGAGAAAGAGAAACCAGUGGCCUGUGUCCAAGCCAUAUUGGUGUCUUGUUGGUCAAGUUGGUGUUCUAGACCAGCUUCGUGGGAAAGUUCUCAUGUAGACGUCAAGCUGCCGCUGGAUUGGGAGAGUUCUAACCAGCGUCAUGGGAAAGUUCUAUAUGUACUAGACCAGCUUCAUGGGAAAGUUCUGUAUGUGCUAGACCAGUUUCAUGGGAAAGUUCUCAUGUAGACACCAAGCUUCAUGGGAAAGCUCUCAGAUUGUGCAUUGUUUCC